UCGAGUAAACUCAAAGUCGGUUCUACCGAACUCAUUUGUAGUCCUUGUCGAUGUUGAAUUUUGAAUUGACUCCCUUGCUACAGCCUACAUGACAUCACGCGUUAAAUCUUAGCUUCCAAAAGCCUCCCAAUCUUUACACUCAGAUGGCCGAAACCCCACCACCAUCGCAGUCUCAGCCGUCUCCACCACCGUCUCAACCACCGUCUCCACCGCAUCCAAUCUCUGCUGCUGUACCUAAUAAUCCUCAUACCGAAUACUGGUGCUACCAUUGCGAAAAAAGUGUCGCCGUCGAAGCCCUACCCGAUCAUCCUGACGUCAUCUGUUUCGAGUGCAAACUCGGCUUCGUCCAAUCUAUCUCCAUCCCUCCAUCACAUAUCGGCGACCUAAUGGAUGAUGAAAUUCCACCUCUCAGCAACGAAAUUGUUCAGUUCCUCAGAGCAAUCGCUUCUCCUGAAGACGAAAACGAUUUGCCCCUUCCUGAUUCCGCUGUCGAUGUCUCCGUUCAUGUCUUCGGCGGGGUUGAAGAAUCGGACGAAAAUACCGAUAAUCAUCAUGAAGAUGAUGCCGAUGAGAAUCGUAAUCGAGGAAAUCGAGAUCGUGAAGGAUCGGAUGAUGAAAACGAAGAAGACGAAGAGGAUGAGUUGCGUCAGAGACAAAGGCGUCAUCAUCUCCGUCUUCGUCUCCACGACCACGGUUUAUCCGCCGGCCGUCAUGACAGGAUUCUCGAUUGGGCGGAGCUUCUGUUACAACUGGAAGACCAAUCAGUCACAUUCGGUCAACAGCGUCUCGAAUCUGAAGAUGAUUACAUCGGAAACCCAGGUGAUUACAUUGACGCAACUGGAUACGAUUCCUUUUUACAAACCCUAGCCGAGAGUGACAGCAACGAUAAGAGAGGGCCGCCGCCGGCGUCCAAAUCAGCUGUUCAAGCAUUGCAAACGGUUGAGGUAAACGCAAUGACGUCUUCUGAAUCUUGCGCUGUAUGCAAAGAUGGAAUGUUCAAUAAUGAACAGAUGAUUGUGAAGCAAUUACCUUGUGGGCAUAUGUAUCAUGGCGUCUGUAUAAUGACAUGGUUGGAUUCAAGGAACACUUGUCCGAUUUGUAGGCAUGAAUUACCAACAGAUGAUCCUGAGUAUGAAGAAGAGAGGAAACAGAGAUUGAUGGCGAUGGCUUCAACAAUUGAUCAUGGCUGCUCUUCAAGUUCUGGUAGUGGGGUUUAAUAACUGGUAUGUAACUAUGUAUGUCCUUCUCUUCACUACUUAAGCUGAUGAUCUUAGCUUUUGUUCUCCUUUUGAUGUAAAUAACAACAAUUUAGUAUUUGGGUAGUUAUUUGACAUAAGUUGAUGCCAUUUGGAAGUUGGAACAAUAACAUCUUAUGAUAUAUUUGAAUCUAGUUUAUUGGGCUAA